AUGGAGGAAGACGACCCUGUAGUACAAGAGAUUCCCGUUUAUUUAUCUCAGUCUUUAGCAAAUAAUUUGUACAUUUACCAGUACCCAGUUAGACCGGCUAGUAGAGAUUGGAAGAACUCUAAAGUUGAAAAUUUAUCUAUAAAGCCCAAAAAUAAAUUAGUUCGCAUGGAAGUUGGUUUAGAUCCUUACAGUGAUAAGUACUGUUCGUCGAAGGGAGAACAAAUUGCCGUUAAUACAGAUGGAGUACAAGGUUUUAUACGAGAGAAGGAGCGAGAAAAAUCUAGAUAUUUCAAGAGUGAUGUAAUGGAUAAAAUAGUUUAUGAAAGUAAUACAACAUGUGUUGAUACAAAACAUUAUGCGAUUGGUUUUCUGCACGAUAAGGAACUACACUGUACUCCAAUACAAGGUAUUGUUCAGUUGCGGCCCUCAUAUUCUUAUUAUGAUAAACAAGAUAAGAGAAAACAAGACAAGAAGGAAGUAGAUAUAUCUGAUGAUGAAGAAAAAGAGCCUGAGCCACAACAGGUUACAGUGAAAUUUGCUCGAGUCGAAACUGAUAUGGUCAAGAAAGCUAGAGAGAAAUCAUUUCAUACAAUCAGUCAAAAGGUUGCUGAAGAACCUUGGUAUGACGCCUUGUGGAAGAGUGCAGAGAGUGAUCAGGCUGAGUUGGAGAGGCUAAAAUUGUUUAGUGCAACAACAGCAGAUGGCUCCGCAUUGAGCCUCAAGGCUUCUGAUUAUAUCAAGGAAUUAGUGCCCAGGGCUGAAGAAGAUAUACAGCAGGAAAACAGUAGAAAAGUUUCCCUGCAAGACUGUAUAAAAGAGAUACUUAUAGAAGCUAAAUUAAUGACUUUCACGGAGUUACGAGAAGCUGUGCGUCGCAGUGGUGUUGCUAGCGGUGGUGAUGCAGCGCUGUUGACAGCUCUGGGUGCCGCUGCGUGCUGCGUACGCGGACUGUGGACAGCACGAUCUCAGGAUGUGUACCCACGCGCUGCACCAGUUCCACCAAGACUGAUGUGCGCUGCUCGAGAUCACGUAUUGUACCUGUUAACGCAACACCCAUAUGUAGAUCGACGAAAAAUAACGGCAGCAGUCCGCCUUCCGGCGAAUGAGGUCUUGGGGAUCUUACAAACUGUCGCACAGCUCAAUCCCAACACCGGUUGGGAACUGAUACUUCCGCCAGAUAUCUCUUUCGAAGAGAAAUAUCCGGAAAUUAUUCAGCAUCAGAACUCGUAUUGGGAAGCGAGGCAACGCCAAUUCAACGAGAUGUUGAUGGGAGAAUGCGUACCAAAGCGGCAAAGGAAAAAAUCGCAGCGUGAUUCUAUAGGAUCGGACACAAUGUUAAGUCCGAAACCACGCUGUAACAGUGUUAGUGAAGAAGAAAACGAUAGGAAACGAUAUAAAAAUAAAUCUUCCACUGGGGUUGGGAAACGGACUAGAAAUGUGAGUGGGGGGCAGGAUAUGUGA